AUGAGCAAAACGCCAACCGAACUCAAGGACACCGAUGCUUUACCAAUCAACAACACCCCUUUACGGCGCUAUCUUACGCUCUUGGCUCUCAAAGUCACUGCGCGGUUCUACAGGUGGGAUGGACCCUGUGUCCCCCUCUCCAGCCGCAUCAUCGUCAAGACGGGUGAGAGCAUUGGCCUGACUGAAGCCGCGACCAUGGCCUUUGUUGCUGCCCGGACGAGCAUCCCAGUGCCCCGCGUGCAUUGCUCGUUUGUUCACAAGAGCAGAGCAUACAUUGUCAUGGAGCGCAUUCGCGGCCAAACUCUCGCCGACGCCUGGCCAACUCUUUCUGCAUCGGAGCUCGACGGCAUCUUGACGCAGCUGCGAGACAUGCUCAAAGAGCUGCGGGCCCUCCCAGCUCCAGGCAUUGCGGUAGAGAGCUGCGUGGGAGCAUCACUGCGUGAUUCUCGGAUCCCCCGGUCCGAAACAAGAUUCGGGCCGUUCCCCUCCAUUCGAGCAUUUCACCAUUGGCUGCGCGAAGGGCUUCAGCCAGAAGAGUAUCCAGAGCGUGUCAAUGACGAGGAUUGGGUCGACAUCAAGCGCAUGGUAGCCAUGCAAGACGAGGACAAGGAAUGGGGACCACCGGUGUUCACACACGGCGACCUGAACCCUUUCAAUAUCAUCGUUCGGGAUGGGAAGAUUGUAGGCAUCAUUGACUGGGCGUUCUCGGGGUGGUAUCCUCAUUAUUGGGAAUAUACAUCUGUUUGGCUUGGAAACAAGACAAGAGGCGCAUGGCAAAAGCUGGUCCCAAAGUUCAUUGAGCCCUGCCCAGAGGAACUCGAAAUGGAGACGAUUAGACAGAGAUGGUGGGGAGACUUCUGA